AAAUGAGAUGUGAAUUUGUGUUUUUGAUGGAAAAAAUUGUGGAUUUAGGGUUUAUAGCUCGCGGGGUGAUCACUCUUUGGCCGUUCUUGCUGGUUUUCUUGUUUUGAGGUUGAUUAGAUGAAUUUAUUGAUAAUAGUUGAUGAGCUGAGGCUUGGUAUUAUAGUUCAAUGACGAAAUGAUUUGAAUUAGGGAGAGGUUUUUUGUAAUGAAGUAAUUGACGUUUUGUAGAGUUCUCUGUGAAGUAGCAAUAUGGAUGAAAGGAUUUAUUUUGCCCUUUUGAUUCAAAAUGUAAAUUUUGCUUCUAAUAGGAAUUGAAUAACUUCAGUUAAACCUUUGUAUUCUUAAUGUGGAAGCAUUUACGAAAAUUGCUUGUGGGCAAAUCGGGGCAGGUUUUGAUUUGUUUUCCAGUGAAUAGUAGUGUUGUUCUUCAAGGAGGAGUAUAUUCCAAGUUUUGUUUAUAGGGCAUUGGAAGAAGGGGAGCUACUGAGCUGGGGUCCAUCCUAGUGAAGAAAACCAGAAGCAUGACAAGAAGAGGAAUAGAUCAUCACCAUCGGAAAGUGAUGUGGGCAAAAAGGGGGAAAUUAUGAUCGGUACUUCAUUGAAGGCAACAAAUGCAGAGAAUAGAGAGCAUGCCAUGUCUUCAAUGCAUGAUUCAGACCCCAUCAGGGAGGAUGAAUUUGCUACUUCAUCAGGAACUACGGGGGUUGUUGUGCCAGAAAGAACUAAUAAAGUUUGUGCAACCCUCGAUGGAAAUUUGUCUGUGAAAGGUGAAAUCAUCUCAAAAAUGGGCAACAAUAACAGAGAAAAGGGUUUUAUGAAGAAAUAUUCAAAGAGGAAGGGGAAUAAUUCAUGUGAGCAGCCACCCAGUAAAAGUUUAUCAGCACUCAGAAAUUUGGAAAUAGAUUCAAAAAGUGACAGUCUUAAUGAAACACACAACAGUAGCAAGCUGAUGAUUUCUGUCAAGCAGGAAGACUUCAUCCCAAAUGCUGCAGAUGAUAACCCUGAAGAAAUGGCUGGUAAAAUAGAUUCAUCUUUGCUAGAGAAUAAAAGCAGUUUAUCAGUAAAGACCAAAUAUUACCGGAGAAAGCAUAAAGCUAAGGCUAUAUCUGAAAGUCACUCUUCUGACAGUUGCCCAUCUUUGGCUGAUUCUAUGGUCUUGGACACAUCAGGGAACAAUAAUUCUGAUGCGUCUGUUAGUGACAGUAUGAAAUCACCUGGUGAAAUGGCAGGAGGUCAAUCAAAUAAUCUGCAGUCAUGUUCAAAAAAGAGCUGCAUGGUAUCUGACAUAAAUUCAACAUCAUAUGAAGCAAAAAAUUUUAAGCCAUGGCCUAGAAAAAAGAUAAUUUGGCGGGAGAAAACUUAUUCUAACUCUGGCUCUUGUCGAGAGAUUCCUUCGGGCCCCUCAGAUCGUGCUUUGCAAUGUUCCGCUGCUAAUAGGAUGUCUGCAUCAAAAGUUGCAGACCCUGAUUUAGAGAAUCAGAGUAAUAAUGAAGCUUCAGCAAGGAGGGGCCAGAUUAUUCUUUUUGAGGAAGAACACAUUUCCAAGAGCGCAGGCUUUGGCAUUGCUGAAAAAGUAGAGAAACCCCCUGAGGUUGAUAUGAAACCCAAUGAUGCUAAGAAAACAAAAUCAAGAAGGCGAAAUAGGCACAGAGGCCGUGGAAAAGGUAAGGUCUCUAAUCUUAAUGCUGUGGUAUCUCCUGCAUUGUCCAGUAAUGAUGUUAUCUCUGCCGGCAAUUCAACUUUACUUGGGACCACUGAUUUGGAUUCUUCUGGAGGGAACAAUAUUACCGAAUCAACUAUGGAUAAUCUAGUAUCAAUAGUUGAGGAGUGCAGAAAUACCAUAAGAGAGGGUGGGCUUGUAGUUUCAGAUUCGAGUGAAGUGCUUCCCAAGCUCUCUAUGCAAAUCAAUGCAGCAGAUUUAAGUCUUGAAACAAAACCAAAAAAAGAGGCAAAUGAUCAUGACUCAUCAGAAAUUGAUUUGAGUUGUCAUCCUGGCAUCAGUUCAUCUCGAUUGGAAACUUUGGAGAUGGAUGAAAUGUUGGAAAGGGAUGAAGUUGAUUCUUCAUCUGGGAACAGUUUGAAGAGUCAUGUUCUCUCAGAAGGCUCUUGUUUGAUUGGUGGUCCUAAUGAUACUUCUCAAGUCAGAAGCAGCAUCCAUCUUAAGGAGGAUUCAAGCUCAUGUCUUGAUGCCCUUAAUAGCAAGGAGGCCAAGAAGAGGGAGAAUGGUAAAUGCUCAGAUUGUACGAUAGAACAGAUCCCUGGGGAUAAGCCGGGGCAGCAGUUGGAUUGUGUAGGAUUUUCUCAGGCUGAUGGUUCUAUCAUGGCAACUACAUCUAAAGUAAGGAACAGGAAGAAAGAAAUGAAACAUGCUGUAGAAGACUCAGGAGAACUUACUGGUGCUUGUCUGGAAAAGGGUGUGGAGUUCUUUCAUGUGAUCAAUAAUUCUCCAGUUAUAGAUGCUGGUUCUGUAAAACAAAGUCUGGAAGUGAUUCCAGCUGAUUGCAAGGAUAAAGCUAGUUUGCCUCCUUCGCCAAUUAGAGGUGUUAUAGAUGAUUUCACAUCUUCCGAUUUAACAAACAAACAGAAUGGUUCAUUGGAUUUGCUUAGUGGGGAAGAAGGCAGCUUUUCUUUUCAAAUAGUAAGCAAUGCUAUUAAAGAAAAGUCGCAUGAAAGAAAUCUUGAGGAGUCCUUUGAGUCGACGAAUAAGAUUGCCUGUCAGAAUGCGAAACCUAGUACUCAUGAAAACAGUCCUUCAAUAUCUCCAUCUCUGUGCGAUAGUGGAGUAAUUGUUUGCCUGGAGGAAAAAGUUAUGUCUUUACCAAGGGACCAUUUUGUGGAGGAUGUUCCCUCAGAUGUUAUCGAGAAUCAAGAUAAGAACCUGGAGGAGAAGAUCUUUUCACCACAAAGAGCUGUAAUAAGUUCUAACAGAAAAAAAUUGCUUGUCCUUGAUUUAAAUGGCUUGCUUGCUGAUAUUACUAUGGAUACUUAUAGAAUGCAUAGGGCACACAGAAGGGUCGGGGGAAAGUCACUUUUCAAAAGGCCUUACUGUGAUGAUUUUCUGAAGUUUUGUUUUGAGAAGUUCAAUAUUGGUGUUUGGUCCUCUAGAAAAAUGUACAAUGUGGAUAUUGUGGUUGAGUGUCUCAUGAGAAACACAAAAGAUAAGCUCUUGUUCUGUUGGGACCAAUCUAAAUGCACCACUACGGGUCUUGGUACCAUUGGAAAUGUCCAUAAACCUUUGGUCUUAAAGGAGUUGAGGAAGCUAUGGGACAAAGAGGAACCUGAACUUCCAUGGGAGUUAGGAGAGUAUACACCAUCCAAUACAUUAUUGAUUGAUGACUCUCCAUAUAAGGCUCUAUUGAAUCCGCCAUAUACUGGCAUCUUCCCUCCUCCAUACAAUUCAAGGGAUGUAAAAGAUAACUCAUUAGGGCCAGGAGGGGAUCUUCGUCUUUAUUUGGAAGGGCUUGCAGUGAUUGAUGAUGUUCAGCAGUAUGUAUGCAAACACCCAUUUGGCCAGGCUGCCAUAACUGAUAAACAUCCGGACUGGAGUUUUUACAUGCAGAUCAUCGAAAAAAGACCAGAACCUUCUGGUUUGGGUUGUGAUGAUCAGUAAGGAUUGUUAAUGAUGGGGAUGUUUAAAAUGUUUUAAGGGACUUGAUGCGAUGUUUUCCUUGCAAAUUGACCUGCAUCUGUGAAGAGACAGUUGGCUGGUUUAAACAUAGCAUUACAACGAAGACAAAGAACCCAGAUGUUCAAGGGUCUGUUCAUAAGCAUCUGGUGAAGCGCCCAAUUAAGCCAAGAAAUGGGCUAUUUUGACUUUUUGCUCCCCCAACAAGAAGUUGGAAAGGAUCUGCUUAAUGUCAAUGGUUUUGUCAUGGGGUUUUACUUUUACCAUGUGUAGAGAAUCACCACAUUUUUGUUCCAGCGUGACCUUUUAUAGUUAGGCUAUCUGUUAUCAGGCAGUUUGUAGUACUACAGUUGUAUCUUUAACAGCAGUAAAAGAAUUAAAGUUAAAGCUA